CUCUCUCUCUGUGUUGUUAAUCCAAUCAGUGGAGAUGUCGGAACGAUCGAGUACUCCUUCAUCCGCCCGGUUUUGGGUCGUCCGUCGAUGCGCCGCUCGUCGUAUCUAGGGGAAGAAUUUGAGUUCUUUUGGGGAGAACGAGGGCGCCCAGGAGAGAUUUUAUUGUUAUUUUUCCUUUCCUGUCUUUUGGGAGCUCGAAAUUUCGAAUUUUUCGCGGCGUCGAUGUUCUCGUUCCGUUUGGCCGGGUUGAUUUACGCUUGUUCUGCUGCUGGAGUGAGAAGUAAUACUGUCCGUGCGGAUGGAAGCCCGGUCGGGCUAAUCACGUGGAGUCGUUUUGGUGAUGAAUGAUUUAUGAACAUGCGAAGGCAAGGUGCGGGGCGCCGGGCUAAUUACUCCCUGAUGAGCUAAAGCUGAUCCGGUUGUGGACACUGGUCGCGCGUUUUUUUGCGCCUUCUCUACCAUUGGGACAGUAUUUGUUUAUAUUCUUGUACCGUGAGAGAAAGUCUCGGCUUUUGGGGGGAGAAAACCGACUUCGUUCAGCUGUGAUGCACCUUGUUCGCGAAAAUCUGUUCAUUGGGAAUAUUUCAGAUGCAGCAGAAGUCCUCCAAAAUGGCAGCGCUGAAGUUACUCAUAUUCUGUCGGUACUGAGCUCUGCCUCCGUAUCGUUUUUCACCGAGUGGCGUAGCAGUUUAACAAUACCCAGUAAAGAAAUCAAGAAGGUCUAUGUUGGAGGGUCCGGUGGUGCUGUGAAUUCUGAGGAUGCUGGGGACGAUGGGUCCAAGAGUUGUUUGUCGCCUGAGAAGCUCUUGUAUUCACUGGAGCAUGCGGGGAAGGAUUUGAAGUUCGUGAGAAUGGCUGUGUCAAUUAAGGAUACGGAGAGUGAGGUCUUGUUGGAUUAUUUUGAUCCAUGCUUGGAAUUCAUUGAAAAGAGUCGGAAAGAGGGGUCGGUCUUGGUACAUUGCUUCGCUGGAGUGUCUAGAAGUGCAGCUAUUAUUACAGCAUAUCUGAUGAGAUCAGAGCAACUAUCUGCAAAAGACGCACUUGAAUCCCUGCGGCAAAGUUGCGAGUUUGUUUGCCCAAAUGAUGGUUUUUUAGAGCAGUUACAAAUGUUUGAGGAAAUGGGCUUCAAAGUCAAUCGAGACAGCCCCAUUUACAAGAAGUUUCGACUGAGAGUUCUGGGCGAUUCUUACAACCGUGGGGAGAAAAUAGACAGUUCCAAGUUUGCAGCAGAUCCAGGCUUGCCAACAGAAGCUCCAUCUGAAGUCAAAGCAUCUCAAAAUGGACCGGUUGACCGCAAGAUUACCUACCGUUGCCAGAAGUGCAGAAGGAUUGUGGCUUCGCAAGACAAUGUUGUGGAUCAUGUUCCAGGAGAGGGCGAAACAUCCUUUGGGUGGAACAAGAGAAGAGGCGGCAACCCUUAUAACAAAUCUGAUGAGUUUGGGUGCUCUUCUAUAUUUAUCGAGCCUUUGCGAUGGAUGACAGCUGUUGAAGAAGGGGCAUUGGAGGGCAAGUUAUCUUGUGCACAUUGCGAUGCUCGCCUUGGUUACUUCAAUUGGUCGGGUAUCCAGUGCAGUUGUGGUAGUUGGAUCACCCCUGCUUUUCAGCUCCAUAAAAGCCGAGUCGACAUCAGCAGCGUCCGAUGCUAAGAGGUCGAGAGAGGGGGGUUAUCCUGCUCGUACUUCCAGUGUCAGAUAUACUGCCAAUACUAAAUAUAGGCCUCUAUGAGGCAGCUCAAAGUACAGUACACAAUGUCAAUGCCCGUUCAUGGGAGAGGCCUCAUUUGCUGGUAUUUUUGCUAUUCUGAUAAGAUGGGCAUUUCCAAGUCGUGACUGGAGAUGACUCUCGAGUUGGGUGCCUUUUGGCAUCUGCGAAAACUGUUUUGUGUCUGAGGUCCUUUAGAACUCGUGAGUUCCCGUUUUGGACUUCCAUCUACCGGCGAUGGCUUGGUUUUUCCGAGUUGACACAAAAUAGAAACAAUUAUGAAACGAGAGUAGGAUGAGGGAUUCCCUUUCAGGCCUUUGGCCCUUGGAGAGUUGAUGGUCAUCACUUGUAUUUGUGAUUCUUUUUAACUACUCCAGCCAUCGAGCAUUCUGGAGGAAACGGUUGCAGAGUCUUUGCCGUGUUCUCAGCUGGUACUUGAGAAACGAACAUUUUCAUUAUUCAUGUAUUGUGGCUUUGGCUUAAGCCGCUAAAGAGAGUGGUUGUAAUCAAAGGUUUGGGCUUUUAUACGUUGCCUAUAAUUAUUCGGCAUUUCAAAA